AAUUCGUGUUUAGAAAUUUCUAUGAAUGGCUCUCGUCCAGAGUGAUGAAAACGACUUCCAUGCGCUUCGAGAGGCGCAAAGGAUGGUUGACUCGUGCCAGGACUUUGCGGACCACUUGAUCGUGGCCGAAUUUCUACCCCAUUGUCGCGGCGUUGCCUACAUCAAUAUUCGCACCUUGGAGCAGGUCAUCUAUUGUGUGCAACUAAGUCGCGCUGGCUAUCGGAUCGUGUCCUAUGAGUUCGAUGAUGUGGCCGAUGAGGUGGCCAAUUGUGACACCGUCUAUGAGUCCGCCCAUCAAUUGCUGGCAGGGAUAAGUCCGCUGUAUGGCGAGAAAUAUGGCUUUGGACGAGAGCCACUGGGGAAGCGAAAGGAAAAGCAGUCCUGAGGUGGGCGUGGCAUGUGAAGAAUUUGUCUGCUAAUUGCUAAUUGCCGCCCCAAAAAGUGAUAAUUAAGCGUUUUGCAGGUAAAUGACUUGAUUGCAAUAAUAAAGCCCGAAGCUGCGAGUUGGAUUCGGGGUCUGCCAUUUGAUUAAUUGCUGCCAAGUGAGCACAGACGGUGGGGAGAUGCUGGAUGCAAGGAGCAGGAACAGGGGCACGGUUGCCAGUUGAUUGACUCAACUUGGCACUCUCCGGACCUUUUGUAGCGAAAAAAGUUAACAAGUUUUUGUGCCGUUCCACUUGACUGCCGCCGUCGAAGGAGGCGAAUGAAGAUGCAGACGGUUGGAGCUACAAGCUACAAGCUUCAAGCCUCGAACACCCAACCAAACCAAUCCAAAACCCAGCCCAGCCCAACUCAGUGCCUCUCCAGCCCCACUUGUAUUCCUCAUUUUGGCCGGGCACCAAGCCAACUAAGGUUUUUAUCUAGUUGAGUCCAUCUAGUCGCUUUUCCGUCCGUCCCACGGGUGUCUGCUGUGGACAAUUCACAGAUACAUACGCUGAAAACACACAGAUGAACAAACGCAGAUACAGGCAAACAUCAAUAAGAACGCUAGAACUUCAGAUCAAUGCAAUGCAAUAAAGGUGAAAUUAAAGUG